AUGGCGACCGGAUCGAAUCCGUACUUGGCCACUAGCGCCGUUUCGAGUCUAUCGCACUUUUCAAAUAUGGCUCAAACGCAAAGCUACGGCCGAGAACCCCCCGAGUUGAAAUACAUGCCGCCGCAACAGCAUCACCAAUGGGCCAUGGAAUCGAUGUGGGGGCCCGCAAUCCAGGAUAUAAAGCCCCCCACAGGCCAAAUGGACAUGCCGACGUCGCUCGCGCACCACCGCCAGGCGCAAGCAGCGCAGGCGCAAGCGAUGGCCGGCUGGCACAUGGCAGCAGCUGCCGCAGCUGGUCAUUCGCCGCCACCUGCAUUCCAUCACCAUCACCAACAAGCCGCAGCAGCCGCUCAACAGAACGCCGUAGCCGCCGGAGUGUACGGGAUGUUGGGCGUCGGCGGCGGAGGUGGUGGCGGCGGCGGCAACCUUGGCGGCGGCCAUCUCGGUGGACACAUGAGCGGUCGCGAAUCGGUCCCAUCUCAUUCCGACCAGGUGACUUCACAGCUGAGCGGGGGCGGUGCGUUGUCAUCGCCAACCCCGACAUCAAUCCACAACGAUUUGUCCCCGCUACAUUCAAGGCUAUUGGGUGAUCCCCGUGGUCCUGAGAGCGGCGAAGAAGAAGCUCCUAGUUCGGACGACCUGGAACAGUUUGCGAAACAGUUCAAACAACGACGGAUAAAGCUCGGAUUUACCCAGGCCGACGUAGGCCUGGCUCUAGGAACCCUUUACGGUAACGUGUUCAGUCAGACGACGAUUUGUCGCUUCGAAGCGCUACAGUUAAGCUUCAAGAAUAUGUGCAAGCUCAAGCCUCUGCUUGCUAAGUGGCUUGAGGAGGCGGACAGCACUACCGGAUCGCCAACCAGCAUCGAUAAGAUUGCUGCCCAGGGUCGCAAGCGGAAAAAAAGGACAAGCAUCGAGGUUUCGGUUAAGGGCGCUCUUGAGUCGCAUUUCCACAAGCAGCCCAAGCCGUCUGCCCAGGAGAUAGCGAGUCUGGCCGACAGCCUGCAGUUGGAGAAGGAGGUGGUUAGAGUGUGGUUCUGCAAUCGUCGUCAAAAGGAGAAGCGUAUGACGCCUCCUAUUAACGGUGGUCCCGGUUCUACGGGUACUCCUGACCAUUUGCUUAUGUCAACUUCCCCCUGCUCGCCGGCCAGCUCCGACCACCACCUGCCGAUGCAGCACCACCACCUGAACCAUCCUUCGCCCCCCCCAUCCCACCAUCAUCAUCACCACAGUCCCCACAGUGCAGCAGCAGCCCAUGCCGCAAUGGCUUUGCACCAUCAGAGUCAUCUACACUCGCUGGGCCCACACCAAUCGCUGGCUGCUCACUGA